CUCGUCAACAACGAAGCUACCAUGGCCAAGAGAAGAUUGAGCGAAGACGGCGUGGAAGCACGUGCAGAAACUGGCGAUAUCGAAGAAAAUGACUUUACACAAUUUGAAGAAAACGAAAAUGGAAGUAGAGAAGUGGACUCGGAAGAAGAAGAUGAUGAUGACGAAGACGAAGAAGAUGAAGACGAGCAAGUGGUAGAUGCUGCAAAAACUCAUACCGGACGUCCUACGAAAAAGCAAAAGAAACAGCUUUCAGCACAAGAUAUUCAAGUGGCACGAGAAACAGCAGAAUUGUUCAAGUCCAACAUCUUCAAGUUGCAGAUCGACGAGUUGAUCAAAGAAGUUCGUAUUAAGGAUGCCCAUGUAGCCAAGAUAGAAAAAGUUUUGCAUCGCUUGCAUGAUUUGAUAGCCAAAGUGCCCACUGUAGAAAACUUGACAUUGCAACAGGCUGAGCAUCAGUUCAAUUCUAAGAAGGUAGUGAUUCCGUUUCCAGAUCCUAAACCUACGAAACUUAAUUAUACGUUUUCGUAUUUGCCUCCUGAAGAAGUGUCUUUAGUAGGCUCUUUUGGCUUGAAAACUGGCAUCUACCAAUCACAGGGUCUGUCUAUCGAUGUAGCCUUGACAAUGCCCAAGGAAUUGUUCCAGGCUAAGGAUUAUCUUAACUAUAGAGCUCUUUACAAAAGAGCCUUUUAUUUGGCACAUUUGGCCGAGCACUUGGUUCCCUUGACGAAGAAGAACAAUUUGCCUGUAAAGAUCUCAUACCACUACUUAAACGACGAUGUAUUGUGUCCCGUUUUAAGAAUCGAAAGCAUCAAGACCGAGAACCCGGACGAUUUAUCGUUUCACAAGACUAAAUUCACCAUCAAUUUGAUCGUCGCUUUUCCAUUCGGCGUAUUUGACUCCAAGAAGUUGCUUCCCGACAAAAACAGUAUCCGAGUUCAAAGCGAUGCUGACGAAUUGCCUCCUACUCCUUUCUACAACUCCUCUAUAAUCUCGAUGUCUGCUUAUGGAUACUAUUUAAAGUAUUUAUACACCAACAAGAAGUCUACUGAAGCAUUCAAAGACGCUUGUAAAAUGGGCAGAUUAUGGUUACAACAAAGAGGAUUUGGGUCUUCCAUCAAUAAGGGUGGAUUCGGCCAUUUCGAAUUCGCCAUUUUGAUGAGUGCCUUGUUAAGUGGUGGAGGCUUAAGUGGGAAUAAGACGUUGUUGCACGGUUUCUCGUCGUACCAAUUGUUUAAGGGAUUGAUCAAAUACUUGGCAACUAUGGACUUGAACUCCGGUUACCUUUCCUUCUCCAGUUUGAUUGGGGAAAACAUCAGUGCCAAGUACAAGCCAGAAGGAUUUGAUGUACCUACGAUCUACGACAAAAACUCCAAGUUGAAUAUUUUGUGGAAAAUGACCCAGUCUUCAUACAGAGAAUUGCAAUUUCAGGCCAACGAAACAUUGAACUUGUUGAACGACGUUGUCAAAGACAGAUUUGAUGCUAUUUUGCUCCAAAAGUCUGACUUUGACCAAAUGAGAUUUGACAUGGUAUUGAACUUGUCUGUUCCAGACGAGUUAUACGACUCAUUUGGACCCUUGGAAAAGAUUUCCUUCGUCACAUACGAAAGCUAUUUGAAGAACAAGUUGUAUAAGAUACUAAAGAAUGCCCUCGGAGAAAGGGCCACUCUCAUCCACAUCAGAAACGAGAAGUCAAGCAAUAUCUAUCCAAUUCACAAGAGAAAACCAACCAACAUUAACAACAACUACAUUAUUGGCAUUCAGUUGAAUGCUGAUGAAUGUGACAAAUUGGUAACCAAGGGCCCUAACAAUGACGAACAGGAGCUAGGAGCCAAGUUCAGGUCUUUCUGGGGAUCCAGGGCCUCGUUGAGAAGAUUCAAAGACGGCACUAUCCAGCACUGUGUAGUAUGGACUUCUCAAGGCAACGAACCUAUAGUUCUUUCCAUCAUGAAAUAUGCUCUUGAUUUGCAUUUGCACCCAGAUAUCUCUCAACACGUGAUUUCUGAAAGUGCCAGAAUUGCAAACAAGUUGCCUACGCCAUUAUUACCAUCUGCAUCUAACCAGGUGACGACCUCCUUGGCCAGUUUCACCAACCUCAGAAGUGCUUUCGAGAACUUCAAUAAAAUCCUCACUAACUUGGACUUGCCCUUGGGACUCAAGUCGUUGUUGCCCGCUUCUGCUGCUUUACGAUUCUCAUCAUUAUUGCAACCAGUUCCUUUUGCAACUUCUAAUCCAGACUUCUGGAACGAACUAAUCUUGCAAUUUGAAACGUCUACCAGAUGGCCCGACGAAAUCAGUGCCUUGGAAAAGACAAAGACAGCAUUUUUGUUGAAGAUAAGCGAAAUUUUGAACAGCGAAACAACCUACAAGUCGUUUAUCACCAAGGAUAGUACGGUUACCUUCAAUGAAGACAUCACUUUGUUGAAUGUUCUAACUCCAGAAGGUUAUGGUUUCAGGUUAAGAGUCUUGACAGAAAGAGACGAAGUCUUAUAUCUCCGUGCUGUAGCCAAUGCAGACAAACAGAAGGCUUUGGUACAGGAUGUAUACUUGAAGUUCAAUCGUACAUAUUUAGGAGCUGUGAAGCAUACCCGUACAGUUUCUCAAUUGGCCCAUCACUUCCAGUACUACUCUGCAACUGUCAGGUUGUUUAAAUUGUGGUUAGAUUCGCAAUUGUUGUUGUACCAUUUUUCAGACGAGUUGGUAGAAUUGAUAGCGCUCAAACCAUUUGUGGACCCAGCUCCAUACUCGGUACCUCAUUCUGUAGAAAACGGUCUCUUACAAAUCUUGCAUUUCCUCGCAAACUGGAACUGGAAGGAAAACUCAUUGAUCUUGGACUUGGUUAAGAGCAACAUUGCUUCCGAUGAAGAGCCCAAUCUCAAGUUGAGCGAUCGUUUAUCCAUCCAAUCCUAUCGAAUCAUAGAGCAGAACUUCGACAAGAUAAGAAAGAGCGAUCCUUCUGGUAUCAAAUCGCAAUACUUCAUUGGAUCAAAAGAUGACCCAUCAGGAAUCUUGUGGUCUAACGAGUUAACUUUACCGAUUGCAACAAGGUUGACAGCAUUGUCACGUGCUGCUAUUCAAUUGGUCAAGACAGAAGGAUUGUCAGACAAGAACCUCGAUCUACUUUUCACUCCAGCAUUAAAGGAUUACGACUUUGUCAUCAAAGUCAAAUCCGCCAACAUAACUGCAUCUUCAGGUAUUCUUCCUGCUAAUACGUUCAAGAACUUGAUCACUCCCUUGACAUCCUUCCCAGACGAUAUCACUACUCAAUACGACUUGAUCCAAGCAUAUGUCGCUGAAUUGAACGACAAGUUUGGCAAUGUCAUCAUUUUCUCAACCAGAAAGUUCACCGGCUUGAGUGACGACAGCACUAACGUUAUCACAGGAAUCUUCGUUCCUACAGCAUUGUCCAAGAAGAAGUUUGGUGUCAACUUGGGAAUCGAUCUGAAGCCAGUAGAGGAAAGCUCUACCGAAGUUGUUAUUAAUAGAGAAGGGCUUUUCAAUCAAAUCACUUUGCUUGGAGGCGAAUUGGUACAGUCGAUAAAGAUUAGAAAGUAGACAUUUGUGUGGUGCUCUCAAUAAUAGGGUGUAUGCCCUUACCUGUACAAAUAUACAUAGCACGAAAGUGCCG